UCACUACGAGGGCAUCUCCUCUCCCUCUUUCUCCACAGACUCGUGGUAUAUAACCGCAACCUCUCCCCGUCUCACUGAAAAAUGGGAGUUUCUUCUCAGUCGAUGUGCUUCAAGAGUCCAGCACCACCUACUGCACCAGGAAGAAGCUUGAAGAACUUGAGUCAAUCUGUGAGAGCUCUUCCAGUACGUAUUUUGACCAUUGGCAAGAAGAGAUCCAAGGGGGUUCAAUUGUUAGUUGAUGAAUACAUUGAAAAGCUCAAGUAUUACUGUCGUGUUGAUGAUGUUCAGCUCAAACCUAAUCCAAAAAAUACGAGUGAUGUGAAGGCUCAAAUUGACGGCGAAGACAUAAGGAUAAUGCAACACAUCAGGCCUGAAGAUUGGGUUGUAGUCUUGGAUGAACGUGGCCAAGAUAUUGGAUCUGAGAAAAUGGCAGAGUUGGUUGGAGAAGCCAGGAAUACAGGAUCAGAAGUGCUAGUAUUUUGCAUAGGUGGUCCAUAUGGGCAUGGACAAAAGUUGCGUAAACGCGCUGAUGUGACUGUAAGGCUGUCUACUAUGGUUUUGAAUCACCAGGUUGCACUGAUUGUGCUUUUGGAGCAGCUUUACCGUGCUUGGACAAUUCUCAAAGGGCAGAAAUACCAUCAUCAGUAGCUGCUGAUCCUAGAGUGCCCAUCCUCCUGAAAUUUGAAAGGUUGAGAAAUUCAUUUUUGCUAUGGAUAUGGAUUUGGAGACUUCUUUUGAGUUUUAUUUAACAUUCUUAUAACGUACUGAUUAUCUGUGCAACUACGUUUGUAAUGAGAAAACUAAAAGCUGUGUUUAUAACAUUCUCCUCUUGAAUGAAUGGAAGACUCGGACUUUGUUCA